CUUUGCCUUCAGAAUAAUUUGCAGGACCGAGACGGCUCUCCGAUCGCCCUUUCUGCUUCUUCCUCGGCCCCUCCCUUCAGAAAGGAAGAGCCCACUUUGGAAACAAGCGGCACCUGCGGCGCCCCGGCAAAGCCAGCCGCUGACUGACGGCGGCCGGGCAUGUGCCGUCCCUUCUGGCAGUUGAUUCCGGGCCUGUGUGGAAUAGAAAGACAGCUCUUGAUCUGACUGGUGGAAAGGAAAGCGAAGACUCCUCAGGGUUUCCGAGGAGGACCGGAGCGGCUGCUUUAGUGAAGAAAUGAAGAAUCAAAGAAGCAAAGGACCUGUCUCAAAGUCACACGACUAGGAAAUCUUGAGGAGUUUGACACUUUUCAUCCUCCAGCCAUUAAUCAUUUUUUUGGAAGAGGCCGUACACUGGUAGGAAUAAAAGGCAAGCAGUUUCUGGCCCGUGGCAUUCGGUUACCAGUGUCUGACCGACGGCAUGUUGGCACCAGUGAUGAGGGGAGUGAUGGGCUUCGGCUCCAGGUUCCUGUCCUGAGACCAUAGCAGGAUGUGCCUUGGACAAAGGCUUGGACUCCUGGAUCAUCCGGUGACUUCAAAAACCUGGUCUCAGGGUAGUGAACUACUUCUUUGAAUUCCUAACCUGUGAGUUCAUGACAAUGGUGCCUGUUCAUUAACAGAACAACUGUGGUUUUACACUGCCUGAGGCCAGGGACUGUCUGAAAACGCCUACCUACGGUGGCUAAGACAAGGGAGACGUCUGGUGAACGCACCCGUGGGAUCUAAAGAAAAGCUCUGAGAGUGUUCCCGUGGAGAUUCCAGCCCGGACAGCCUCGCUGCAGCGUCAGAGGCAGUGCUUCCAAGCUGCUCGCACAUGCUGCUGCCAAGCUGCAGGAUGGUGCUCGUCGCCAGGCCGCUGCUGCUGCUCCUCGCUUUCCUCCUCCGCACAGAUGCUGAGACACCUCCAAGGUUUACACGAACUCCCGUUGAUCAGACAGGGGUUUCUGGUGGAGUUGCCUCUUUCAUUUGCCAAGCGACGGGAGACCCAAGACCUAAAAUUGUCUGGAACAAAAAAGGAAAGAAAGUCAGCAAUCAGAGAUUUGAGGUAGUAAUAGAGUUUGACGAUGGAUCUGGAUCAGUUCUCAGAAUACAACCUUUAAGGACUCCGCGGGAUGAGGCCAUUUAUGAAUGUGUAGCCUCAAAUGUUGUGGGAGAAAUAAGUGUAUCCACCAGACUCACAGUUUUACGUGAGGAUCAGAUUCCCAGGGGCUUCCCUACCAUUGACAUGGGCCCACAGUUGAAGGUGGUCGAGCGUACACGCACGGCCACCAUGCUUUGUGCAGCCAGCGGUAAUCCAGAUCCAGAAAUCACGUGGUUUAAAGAUUUCUUACCGGUGGACACGAGCAACAACAACGGUCGUAUUAAGCAGUUAAGAUCAGGAGCCCUUCAGAUCGAACAGAGUGAAGAAUCUGACCAAGGAAAAUAUGAGUGUGUUGCCACCAACAGCGCGGGCACUCGCUAUUCGGCCCCUGCCAAUUUAUAUGUCAGAGAGCUGCGAGAAGUUCGCCGUGUCCCACCAAGAUUCUCUAUCCCACCCACUAAUCAUGAAAUAAUGCCAGGUGGAAGCGUUAAUAUCACCUGUGUGGCCGUGGGGUCACCAAUGCCUUAUGUAAAGUGGAUGUUGGGAGCAGAAGACCUGACACCUGAAGAUGAUAUGCCCAUAGGAAGAAAUGUCCUAGAACUGAAUGAUGUAAGACAGUCAGCAAACUAUACCUGUGUGGCUAUGUCAACACUGGGUGUCAUUGAAGCAAUAGCACAGAUCACUGUCAAAGCCUUACCCAAACCUCCAGGAACUCCCAUAGUGACAGAGAGCACAGCUACAAGCAUCACAUUGACGUGGGACUCUGGGAACCCUGAGCCUGUCUCUUACUACAUCAUUCAGCAUAAACCUAAAAAUUCUGAGGAACCUUACAAAGAGAUCGAUGGGGUAGCCACCACACGCUACAGUGUUGCUGGACUAAGUCCCUACUCGGAUUAUGAAUUUAGGGUUGUUGCUGUCAAUAACAUUGGGCGGGGGCCUCCCAGCGAGCCUGUGCUAACCCAAACCUCAGAGCAGGCACCGUCCAGUGCCCCCAGGGAUGUCCAGGCGCGGAUGUUGAGUUCGACGACCAUUUUGGUACAGUGGAAGGAACCAGAGGAGCCAAAUGGGCAGAUCCAAGGAUACAGAGUUUAUUAUACCAUGGACCCCACUCAGCAUGUCAAUAACUGGAUGAAACAUAAUGUAGCUGACAGCCAGAUCACCACUAUUGGCAACUUAGUGCCCCAGAAAACAUACUCUGUCAAAGUCCUGGCUUUUACCUCAAUUGGAGAUGGUCCUCUUUCAAGUGACAUACAAGUCAUCACUCAGACAGGAGUACCAGGGCAGCCACUCAACUUCAAAGCAGAACCUGAAUCUGAAACCAGUAUUUUGCUGUCUUGGACACCGCCACGUUCAGAUACCAUUGCCAACUAUGAACUGGUUUACAAAGAUGGGGAGCAUGGAGAGGAGCAACGAAUUACCAUUGAGCCAGGGACAUCGUAUAGGCUACAAGGGUUGAAGCCGAACAGCUUGUACUACUUCCGUCUGGCGGCUCGCUCCCCUCAAGGCUUGGGUGCUUCUACUGCCGAAAUAUCAGCUAGAACCAUGCAGUCAAAGCCGUCAGCUCCUCCUCAAGACAUUAGUUGCACCAGCCCAAGUUCCACUAGUAUUUUGGUAAGUUGGCAACCUCCACCAGUGGAAAACCAGAAUGGCAUUAUCACUGAAUACUCCAUCAAGUACACAGCAGUGGAUGGGGAAGAUGACAAGCCUCACGAGAUUUUGGGAAUUCCUUCGGAUACUACCAAAUACCUUUUGGAACAGCUGGAAAAAUGGACUGAAUACCGCAUCACUGUGACAGCCCAUACCGAUGUCGGCCCUGGCCCUGAGAGCUUGUCCGUGUUGAUUCGAACCGAUGAAGAUGUUCCUAGUGGUCCUCCUCGCAAAGUCGAGGUAGAGGCUGUCAACUCAACAUCUGUUAAAGUCUCAUGGCGCUCACCUGUGCCCAAUAAACAGCAUGGCCAAAUAAGAGGAUACCAGGUGCAUUAUGUGAGGAUGGAAAACGGUGAGCCCAAAGGCCAGCCCAUGCUGAAAGACGUCAUGCUGGCUGAUGCACAGGACAUGAUCAUUUCUGGGCUACAGCCUGAAACCUCCUACUCCCUCACUGUCACAGCCUACACCACCAAAGGAGAUGGUGCUCGCAGCAAGCCCAAACUAGUGUCUACCACUGGGGCAGUUCCAGGGAAACCCCGGCUUGUAAUUAACCACACUCAAAUGAAUACUGCUCUUAUUCAGUGGCACCCCCCUGUGGACACAUUUGGACCCCUUCAGGGCUACCGUCUCAAAUUUGGCCGCAAGGAUAUGGAACCCCUCACUACUCUGGAGUUCUCUGAAAGAGAAGACCAUUUCACAGCCACAGAUAUCCACAAAGGAGCAUCGUAUGUCUUCAGGCUCGCAGCCAGAAACAAAGUGGGCUUUGGGGAGGAGAUGGUGAAGGAGAUCUCUGUUCCAGAAGAAGUGCCAACUGGAUUCCCUCAAAACCUUCACUGGGAAGGCACUACUUCGACCUCCGUGCAGUUGUCCUGGCAGCCGCCUGUCUUGGCCGAGAGAAACGGUGUCAUCACCAAGUACACCCUUCUGUAUAGGGAUAUCAACAUCCCCCUUAGCCCAACGGAGCAGCUUAUUGUUCCAGCUGACACCACUAUGACACUCACUGGCUUAAAACCAGAUACCACAUACGAUGUAAAAGUACGUGCUCACACGAGCAAAGGGCCCGGGCCAUAUAGUCCCAGUGUCCAGUUCAGGACACUGCCUGUGGAUCAAGCAGUGUUUGCAAAAAAUUUUCAUGUCAAAGCAGUAAUGAAGACUUCAGUGUUGCUGUCCUGGGAGAUUCCCGAGAAUUAUAAUUCCGCCAUGCCUUUCAAAAUUCUUUACGAUGAUGGGAAAAUGGUAGAAGAAGUGGAUGGGCGAGCCACGCAGAAGUUAAUUGUCAACCUGAAGCCUGAAAAGUCCUAUUCUUUUGUGCUAACAAACCGAGGAAACAGUGCUGGAGGGCUUCAGCACAGGGUGACCGCAAAGACUGCCCCAGAUGUGCUGCGUACCAAGCCUGCCUUCAUUGGGAAGACAAACUUGGACGGCAUGAUUACUGUGCAACUGCCUGAAGUCCCUGCCAAUGAGAAUAUAAAAGGUUACUACAUAAUAAUUGUGCCUUUGAAGAAAUCUCGUGGGAAAUUUAUCAAGCCAUGGGAGAGUCCAGAUGAAAUGGAAUUAGAUGAGCUGCUAAAGGAGAUAUCUAGGAAACGCAGAAGCAUCCGUUAUGGGAGAGAAGUUGAAUUAAAGCCAUAUAUUGCCGCUCACUUUGAUGUCCUUCCCACUGAGUUCACCCUGGGAGAUGACAAGCAUUAUGGUGGAUUUACGAACAAGCAACUCCAAAGUGGUCAAGAAUAUGUCUUCUUUGUGUUAGCCGUGAUGGAACACGCAGAGUCUAAGAUGUAUGCGACCAGCCCCUACUCCGACCCCGUGGUGUCGAUGGACCUGGACCCUCAGCCAAUCACAGAUGAAGAGGAAGGCUUGAUCUGGGUUGUAGGUCCAGUCCUCGCAGUCGUCUUUAUCAUCUGCAUUGUAAUUGCUAUCCUUCUUUAUAAAAGGAAGAGAGCAGAGUCAGACUCUAGAAAGAGCAGCAUACCGAACAGUAAGGAGGUCCCGUCACACCACCCCACAGACCCCGUGGAACUGAGGCGCCUUAACUUUCAAACCCCAGGCAUGGCUAGCCAUCCUCCAAUACCUAUCUUGGAACUUGCCGAUCACAUUGAAAGGUUGAAAGCAAAUGACAACCUGAAGUUUUCCCAGGAAUACGAGUCAAUUGACCCUGGUCAGCAGUUCACAUGGGAACAUUCCAACUUGGAAGUAAACAAACCAAAGAAUAGAUAUGCAAAUGUCAUUGCUUAUGAUCAUUCCCGGGUUCUUCUCUCAGCAAUAGAAGGCAUCCCAGGAAGUGACUAUGUGAAUGCCAACUACAUAGAUGGUUAUAGGAAACAAAAUGCCUAUAUUGCAACACAGGGAUCUCUCCCCGAAACAUUUGGGGACUUUUGGAGAAUGAUAUGGGAGCAACGGAGUGCCACAGUUGUCAUGAUGACAAAACUAGAAGAAAGAUCCAGGGUGAAGUGUGACCAGUACUGGCCCAGCAGAGGCACAGAAACCCACGGACUGGUCCAAGUGACGCUGCUGGAUACGGUGGAGCUGGCCACGUACUGUGUUCGAACAUUUGCACUUUACAAGAAUGGUUCAAGUGAGAAGAGAGAAGUGAGGCAAUUCCAGUUCACCGCCUGGCCUGAUCACGGUGUUCCAGAACACCCUACCCCUUUUCUAGCUUUCUUACGGAGAGUCAAAACCUGUAACCCACCUGAUGCGGGUCCCAUGGUGGUGCACUGCAGUGCGGGAGUUGGCCGAACUGGUUGUUUCAUCGUAAUAGAUGCUAUGUUAGAAAGAAUAAAGCAUGAAAAAACUGUAGAUAUUUAUGGCCAUGUAACUUUAAUGAGAGCCCAGAGGAAUUACAUGGUUCAAACAGAAGACCAAUAUAUCUUCAUCCAUGAUGCACUGUUAGAAGCAGUGACUUGUGGAAAUACCGAAGUGCCAGCCAGGAACUUGUAUGCCUACAUUCAGAAGCUGACACAAAUAGAAACAGGAGAGAAUGUCACAGGAAUGGAGCUCGAGUUUAAGCGUCUAGCCAGCUCAAAAGCUCACACCUCAAGAUUCAUCAGUGCCAAUCUUCCAUGUAAUAAAUUCAAAAAUCGCCUUGUUAAUAUUAUGCCAUAUGAAUCCACAAGGGUGUGCCUGCAGCCUAUCCGAGGAGUAGAAGGAUCUGAUUACAUCAAUGCCAGUUUUAUUGAUGGAUACAGACAACAGAAAGCCUACAUCGCUACCCAGGGGCCCUUGGCGGAGACCACCGAGGACUUCUGGCGGAUGCUGUGGGAACACAAUUCCACCAUCGUUGUGAUGCUCACCAAACUGCGUGAGAUGGGCAGAGAGAAGUGUCAUCAGUACUGGCCAGCAGAACGAUCCGCAAGAUAUCAGUAUUUUGUUGUAGAUCCCAUGGCUGAGUACAACAUGCCACAGUAUAUCCUGAGGGAAUUCAAAGUCACAGAUGCCAGGGACGGCCAGUCCCGAACAGUGAGGCAAUUCCAGUUCACCGAUUGGCCAGAGCAAGGAGUGCCAAAGUCUGGAGAAGGAUUUAUCGACUUCAUCGGCCAAGUCCAUAAAACGAAAGAACAGUUUGGCCAAGAUGGACCCAUUUCGGUCCAUUGCAGUGCGGGCGUUGGGAGAACUGGAGUCUUCAUAACACUAAGCAUUGUUUUGGAAAGAAUGAGAUAUGAAGGAGUUGUAGAUAUCUUCCAGACCGUCAAAAUGUUAAGAACACAACGGCCAGCCAUGGUACAGACGGAGGAUCAGUAUCAGUUUUGUUACCGAGCCGCGCUAGAGUACCUGGGCAGCUUUGAUCACUAUGCAACGUAGAACCCCUGACCCAUUCUGGAUUUUUACUGCAGGCCCUUCACUAUCCAUGGAGUCUCUUCUGAGCCAUACAGGGCACUUGAGAAGUCCUUCUUAACUUCUAGCUAACAACUACUUAGUGGGACUAUUACACACAAAACAAAUUAAAAAGAAAUUAUUCCAAGUGGACCAAGAAUUCACCAUUUAAUAAUCUAACCUGAAAAAUAAUAAAAGAGAAUCCUGACUGAUGAGGCAUCUGAAGGAUUUUAUUUACAGAUACCUCAAGGAUUCAAAAUCAAGGGAAGAAGAAAUCACAGCAAAGAACCACCAUCUUGUUCAGGAUUGCUUGAUAGGUACAAGGAGAAAUUGUCUGAGUGCUGCAGUCCAGGGCAAGAUGUGUGCUGACGUGGCUUCUCACAGGGAGAUGGACUCGGCUUCAACAUCACCCCUUCCCACCAUAUUGCUCAUAAUAACAUUUUAGGGGGAAAGUGGGGGGUGUUCAAAAAGAAGGUCCUUGAUUUAGUUUUUUAGUAUUGUAAAGAUACUGCUGACCUGUGCUUCAUUUCUAACUGUGUAAACUUUUUUUUAACAAAAUGUAUCAUUCGAUAAAGUGAAUUUUAAAAAAAAGUUACCUAACUCUUCAUUUUUUAUUUCCAAAUUGUAGGUUUUUUUUAAGCUGUAGAACUGUUAUCUGUGAUAUCUUACUGUAGAAAUAUCAAAUAAUUUGAAAAUGUUUGCACAUUUUUGUGCAAUACUCUUAAUCUACAGUAUCGGUCUCGUCAGAUAUUACUUUUACACUUGUGUUCAGUUUUGAUUGGUGAGAAAGUACCCAUUCUCUUCAAAUAAAGAGAAUUUUUAUUUUUUAUUUUGUUUAGUUUUGGGAAUCAACAGGGAGGCGCAAAGUAUAAAGUUGCUGCUAACAUAUAUACAUAUAUAUCCACAUUGUAUAAGGGUGUCUAUGUAUAUAUAGACAGUGUGUCCACACAAAAAGAUAGAUACAGCUAUCAUUCAGUUCUUCCAUCAUUUAGGUUUUUUUUUUUUUAAUGUAGAAAAAGCUAUUGUAAACAUCUUUUUUCAACUUCUUAAUUUUAUGACAUAUUGGUAUUUCUAAAUAUUCCAAAAUUUUAAUUUUUUUAAAGGGAAAUGAGGAAUGCACAUCAGUGAUUGUCAAACCUCCCCCCCUAAUAUCCCAUCCAAUCUCCCUCAACCCACCCACCCAAUCAUAUUCACAAAUACCAUUUUGUUAGCCAGGCUUCCAACAAAGUUCUAUAAUUCUAACACUCUAGUGCAAUAAAACAAAAAAUCUUAAAUAUCUAAGAGGUGUGCAUGUGGGAAAGGUCAGUGCAUUUCCCUUUAGGAGGGGAGAAUGUUGUAAUAUAUCAGCUAUCAAGUUGUUUAAAAAAAGUGUAUUCAAUCGUAUAUUGUCUAUAAUAUGUGCUAUGAAAUUUGCAUUUAUGAUAUGUAACAGGGGCAAAGCCAAACUCAUGUUACUCUGUUCAGUCAGAAACAUUUUGUGGCAUACAGCAUUCCUGGGAAGUGCUGUACUUUGUUUUUUGUGUUUUUUUUUUUUUUUUUUUUUUUUUUUUGGUUUUAGUUUUGCAUUUAGAGUGCCUUAUAAUUGAUGCCUAUUUUAAUAGCAUUUCUUUUUAGCUUUUGUUUUGUAUUUCCAUCAGUUCUUCAUAUCUGUUACUCUUCCUAUUAAAGCAUUAUCUGUUUACCACAUGUACAAAAACUCUUUGAAUAAUAUGCAUUCCUAGUUUUCAGCCAAGUCGGGGAUGUUAGUGAUUGUACCAGCCCAAAGCACUUGGAUAAUCAGGGCCCUUCUUCCUCUUGUAAUCGUCCACAUCAGGAAAAGCUACUUGUUUUAUUUAUAAUCCCUUCCAAAUCUGCUCUGGAACAUGCAGUAACUGCACCAAACUUAUUUAAGUAACAAACUUCAUUGGCAACUUUGGAAUACAUUUGAUAUUCCAUUAGGAUUUCUCUAAAAGGGAAAAUAAACAACAUAUAACUCCCUUAAUUCUUCCAACAUAACUUCUCUAGGAAGCCAUGGAUGAUGGCAUGAGUUUGCCACAUUUUAGUUAAUUUGAAAGAACCCUCAAAAUAUAUCCAAGGAACUCUUAAAGAGUUUUGGUAUAGACGUAAUACUUCGGUUUAAUUUUAGCUUCGUGGGUGUUCUUCAUGGAGGGAUUUAUGUUUUCCGCAUUUUCCCGUUGCUAGCAGAAUGAAAUCCAAGAGACCAAACACUUGCAAGCAUUGUAUUUGAGCACUUUUGUAAAAAACAAAGAAAAA